AUGUCGAGCCAGUUCUACAACUACAGCCAGUCCAUCCCACCAAGGCCAUUCCAAGGUGAUCAAACCAUGUCUCAACCAACGCUUGGCCACAAUGGAAGCGCGCCAAAGCCGAACCUGUGGCUGCGCAUGGUGCAACAACCGCUUAAUGCGAAAGUUGCUGGCGGCAAGGAUAAAGAUACCAAGCCCAUCGAUCCUCCACCCGUUGUCGAGUUGUGCGUCAACAAGAACAAUUGGGACUGGAGCAGAUAUGGAAAUCCCGAGGCCGUCGUCCACAACCCUCACCUCUUUCUCACGUGCGAAUUGGUCAGCGUCGAUUCUAAAGACAACGACAAGAAGGAAAAGACGGAUCUCUCCAAGGCCCUUCAAGGGGUGACAGUGUCUUCUUUGCACAAAGUCAAAGACCAGCAUGGCAGCGAUGCGGCUUAUUUCGUUUUCGGCAACCUUUCCGUCAAAGUGCAGGGGACCUUCCAAUUACAUUUUAUCCUCUACGAGAUUUUCAACGGGGAGGUUUGUUUUGAAUGGGCCGAAGUCCUGUCGGAGCCGUUCGAAGUCCAUUCGCCGCGGAGUUUCCCGGGAUUGGCGCAGAGCACGACAUUGACCAAGACUCUCAGCGACCAAGGGAUCAGGGUACGCAUUAGAAAGGAUUCGCACAAGGUCCGCACUGCAGCAGAUACCGCGAGGUUUGCGCAGGCCGUCACUCAGAAACGAAGAUUCCACGAGGACUCCCAACCGACCGUCGUCAAACGACACCGCGGCGAAGCAGCCUCAGUCAUGCCGCUCCAGAUGCCGCUCCAACAAGCAAACAACUACGUUACUUCGGGGGGCUCGCAGCAUAGCCCGUUUGAUAUGGCACAGGUUCAGCAACAGUAUGCCAUGGCACCGACAUCCUUGGCCAGCUACCCUCUUACGCCAGCAGCUACGGUAACACAAAGCCCGCCACUCUGGUCGAACCCAAACACUCUGACGCCGAACUCGGCCGGUGGUUUGACGCAAAGUCCGCCGCUCAUGUCGGAUCCAUACGAAAGCAUGAUGAGGAUGGGGGACAGGGAGGCGUCCUGGAAUGCGCAUGCAAUGUACAGGCCCACAUCGCAGAUGGGCUACCGAUACCCGCCCCAAAACAACGUCAACUAG